AUGUCGACUUGUGGUUACCAAGACGGCGACCCCAAGAGAUCUCGCACUGCUGAAUCCGGAUUCAACUGCCGCGUCGAUACCGUCAAUGGCUUAUGGGGGUUCUGCCCAACAACAGUGAUUGCUGCUACGGACUGUGGCCUGCAAGGGUUUUGCAUAGACAGCCACUCCUGCUCGGCUGGAUGUGGAAAUGGUGACAAUAUUAGAUUGACGACAUUUACCUGUGCAUUCACGUACACAUACUAUGCUUGUGGUCGCACUCCCACGACGGUCCAUUACUUUGCAUCGCCAACGGCCCAGGCUACUCUGACGACUGACGACAAUCUUGCACCGUCAACAGCCCGGGCUACUCCCACCACCACGAAGAAUGUUUCAAAGACGUCUGACGGACCUUCAAUUUCGACCUCUGUAAACACAUUGCCGGCAAGUCCAGCCAAUAGCGACAGCGUCCAGGCGGAUUCAUCCCCCAACAUUAUUGGGGCCAUCAUAGGGGGAGUUAUCGGAGGUAUUGCCGUGUUGUGUAGUUUUGGCCUUGCAGCCAUAUAUCUUCUGAGAAGAAGCCGAUCUAAUCGAUGUAAUCGCAGCCCGUCUCCAAACCUACCAGCCCCUCGGGAAAGCGCUGAAACUCCUGGAGUAAAGGGCUACAAGUAUAGUAAUCGUCUCACUGGGGGCUGGGGUCCCAGUGAAUUGCAAGGUUCGGAGUAUGGAAAGCCGUCUCUGUAUCCUGUGGAACUGCCAACCUGA